AUGAGAAUAUGUUCCGAUCCGCUGGAUACGGUUCGAUCUACUGGAUCGAACCAACAAUGGUGUAUUCCAUUACCAGCUUAUUAUACCACAAUUAUUCCAUAUGUACCUGCUAAUACUGAAUACGAUGGUCAACGCUUAUCAAAUAUCACUGAAUUUUGUUCUGAUAUUAGUAAUUAUAAUAGGUUGAAUAUCAUAGAUUCAUCAUUAUGUGCUAAGAGUAAAUUGAUUCAACGUAUUCGACAUAAAAUUGAUCUUUAUCAAACACCAUCAUCCAAUGAUGCAUGUCAGAUUCUUCAACACCUAACAGAUAUUGUAAAAAAACAUGUACCAGAUUUUGUUUUUAAAGAAACAACUGAUAGCAAGUCAAAAAUUAGUCAAUUAGAAUCAAGUAGUUAA